AUGUCGCCCUUUGUGCAUCAUUAUAUCGUGUUUGCGCAGGUCCGGGUAGAUGCCGAUGCAGCCAGCCGUGAUUUACCGGUGCAACUCGUGCCCGGCAUAGCUCUGGGUAUUCAAACGCGAUGGUCAUGGCAUGAAGAACUGAUUCCAACAAGCAUUGACGACAAAGUUGCUCUGACAAAAGGUAAACCUGUCUAG